AUGGGACGAAAGAAGAAGAAGCCGCAGAAGCCGUGGUGCUGGUACUGCAAUCGGGAGUUUGAAGACGAAAAGAUUCUUAUCCAGCAUCAGAAGGCCAAACCGCAGAAGCCGUACACGGUGCUGGCCAUCCACUGCAUGCAGGUCCACAAAGAAACACUGGAUAAAAUACCAAAUGCCAUUGUUGGUCGAACGAGUGUCGAUGUGGAAAUUUACGGCAUGGAAGGAAUUCCACCGGAAGAUCUGCGCGCGCAUGAACAGCAGAAGAGGGAAAGAGGAGAUCAGGAUGACGGGGGAAAGGAUUCAGACGACGAAUCUUCCAAUCCGGCCACCACGCCAGCGCCUGCCCCAUCCAUGCCACCCGGGCCACAUCCCUCCUUCGCCGGGGCCUUCCCACCGGCGCCGGGGAUGCCUGGUCUUCCGCCUGGCAUGAGACCGCCAGGGCCGAUGCAGAACAUGAUGCCCUCCUUCAUUCCAGGCAUGCCUCCCAUGCCCCACAUGCAGCGGCCCCCUCCUAUGCCUGGAAUGCCACCUCCGGGCAUGUUUCCACCGGGCAUGCCACCUGGCUUUAUGCCUAUGGGUGGGCCACCGCCUUCAAUGCUGCAGCAGCCACCUCCAGGAAUGCCUCAGCCUCCUCCCUGGGCUGCGCCGCCUCGAAUGAAUGUUCCACCCAAUAUGGGAGGCCCGCCGCCGCCACUACCCGGUCACAUGCCUCCCGGGCCAGGCCCGGCACCACCGCCUGGCGCCACGAAUCUGUCACAACCACCUCCGCGGCCCUUGUUUCCCGCUGCAGUUCCUGAGCGCCCUCCCCCGAUUACGGGAGGGAUUGACUUUAAAGCGCUUUCCGGCGGGACAACGACAGGUGCAAUGCCUACAUAUGCGAACCCGGCUGCUGGCAAAACUGCCGCUCCGGCUCCUGUACCAGCGGCGCCGGUUUACAUUGCGGCUCCUGAACAGGGCGGACAAAUAUGCCACCCUGCAGAAGAUAUUUCUUUGGAGGAAUUGAGGGCAAAACGUUAUCGCCGGAACACGGAAAAACGGAAUGCGUUGCUUAGAGAAGAUGAAGAUCUACGGCCUCCUGGAUUGUAAAUUGAUAAACUAUAGCCACAAUGGUCAGAUUUGUCACCCAACAUUUACUGCAUCGGUUUCUUGUAUCGUUCUCGUGUAUGUUCUGAUAUCGAUCGGCGGAUAGAUUACUUCUGUCGCGUGGAACCUACUAUUAUCAGUUUUGCUUUCUUUUUGAUUUCUUGUUCUGUUUCUGGCGAAAUAGUAUUUGGAGGAUCUUACCAUUCGUCGCCUUGCACAUGCACAUGCAUGCAUAAAUUAUUUACAACUCCCACUUUUGUGGAAUCAAAUAGUUAAAACCCAGAUUAAAACAUCGGUGUCAAAAGAAUUUUUCUUAACUAGCGAAUUCAAAAAGUAAAACAUGUAUCAGACAAUUUGUAUGACUCGAUUCCAGCGAAUCUAAGAGACAACGCGAUAAAACAAUAAAACAAAUUAAAGAUCAACAACUGAACGAGGAGAAUACUCGUAUGGAAGGAGAGUUCAUGGU